CAAUGAAGAUACACUGUGUUUGGUGCCACGGACUCUACUUGGAGGACAGAAACCUUGCGAUGAGGUGACAACCUACUAGUGAGAGGGCAUGAGUGUGGUGAAGGCGGUUUAUGUGAGCACAGAUGGCCGCCGGUGCCACGCCAGAUGGUGAGAUGUGAGCAUGGGGAAAGCACGAUAUAAAAGCUGUGAGGUGCUGGUUGUUCUCUUCUGCGUGAGUGAACUUUUGACGGUUGGACUCUUGAUCUUCAGUCAUGGCUUCCUCCUCACUAGACAAGUUGUUCCCUCAAAUUCAAGCUGUGAGGAUUUCAAGGAUACAAACCCAGACCACAGCACAGCAGCAGGGACAAGGGAAGGCUGCUGGAUGGUGCCCCCCUUCCAGAAGACCAUAAUAUUGCUCAUAGAUGCACUAAGGUAUGACUUUGCUCUGUACAACACCAGCCUGAAGGAAGUAAAUGCCCUGCCCUACCAGAACAAAAUGCCAGUGUUUGGGGAGAUGGUGAAGCAGCAUCCUCGCCAGGCCAGGCUCAGCCCCUUCAUGGCGGAUGCCCCAACUACCACCAUGCAGCGGCUCAAGGGCCUCACCACUGGCAGUCUUCCAACCUUUAUCGAUGCCAGCAAUAACUUUGCAAGUGAGGAGAUAGACGAGGACAACAUCAUUGACCAGCUGGUGAGGCACGGCCGGCGCAUCACUGUUCUCGGGGAUGACACGUGGGGAGGACUUUUCCCUGGAAGGUUCAGUCGCUCACACCUGUACUCAUCCUUCAAUGUGAUGGACCUGCACACUGUGGACCGCGGGGUGGAGACUCACCUUGGGGAGGAGUUGGCUCGGCCGGACUGGGAGGUGAUGCUGGGCCACUUCCUGGGGGUGGACCACUGUGGCCAUCGCUAUGGCCCCAACCAUCCCCAGAUGGCUGCCAAGCUCACACAAAUGAAUGAAGUUGUCAAGCAAGUUAUCGCCAGCAUGGAUAACAGCACUUUGCUGUUGGUGCUGGGCGACCACGGCAUGACCCAGACUGGAGACCACGGGGGUGACUCCAAGGAAGAGCUGGAGGCUGCCCUCUUUGUGUACAGCCCUGCCCUUCGGCUGCCUCCUGCACAUGCCUUCACCCCACCUGUUGCCCAAGUGGAUCUUGUGCCCACACUGGCUCUGGCUCUGGGGGUGCCAAUACCUUUCUCCAGCCUGGGGAAGGUCAUGGAGGAUGUUUUGGUGACAGCUGAAAUGACACCCAAAGAGGCAGACAAGCAGAAGCACCUUGGACUGAGUGUUAAUAUGCGGCAGGUUAAGAGGUACCUCAGUGCCUACAGGGAACUGGGAAAUUCUUACCCCCAGGACCUGUGGCACGGGCUAGAACGCUUGGAACAGGAGACUUCAGAGGAGCUGCCCACAGGGGUCCAGAAGGCAGCAUUUGCUGACUAUCUGAUUUUGGCCAAGCUAAUGUGUGAAGAAAUUUGGGUCCGGUUUGAUGUCUUGGAAAUGGUGGGAGGCCUGUGCCUGAUGUUUAGUGUGUUGGUCCUGGCUGGGUCAUUUGUUUAUUGCAAUAUUCUUACUGAUAUCAAAGUUCAUAUCAUCAAAAGAAUUCUGAUCCUCACAGUUAUUGUAAAUUUAUUGUUUGCUCUGUCACAUUUCCUCAACUUUGUCAUUUUGUCCUAUGCAGCAAGUGCUUUGGUGUUACUUUGGAUAUAUGCCCAUAAGGAGAAUUUUUCGAUAUCAAAAUUCGGUGUCAUUGAUUACAUCUCCCUGUCACUUAUUAGUAUAGUCCUCUUAGGGAGUUUCUCAAACAGUUUUGUAGUUAUGGAGAAUUAUAUUGUUUCUUUCAUUUUAUUGUCAUGUUUAACAGUGUACCUUAUCUUGUUCAUUUUCAAAGCACAAGGUAAAAAAGGUACCUCACUCACUGGGAAAGUGUCCAGGCUCUUAAGCAAUCUGCCCAACAUGGUUUGCCUGACUGGGUGGGCGGUGGCACUGGUGUGUGUGCGGUGCAGUGGGUGGUUUUGGCGGUGCCGUGAAGAGCAGUACUGGUGCAGCCCCAGCCAGGUCCAGGUGCCACUCUCAGGCUUGCCUCAGAGUUUACACAACUGGCGCUACUUCACCAGCCUCCUGGCCCUGGCACUGGUGGUGUUGCUGCCGCGACGCUGGCUGCUGCUCUGUGGCAACAUGAAUGGCAGCAGGCUGGGAGUUCUGCUGGCCAGGACUGUGCCAGUGGUCUGUGGGGUGCUGGUGGCAGUGUGGUGGGCCAUCCAGGCAUUCAUGGCUGCUCACAACCUUGACAUCUGGGGACACGUCAUUCCUCCUAGGGUGACGUUUGGUGCUGGCCUAGUGUAUGUGCUGGUAUUGAGCUGUGUGCCAUUACUCACCUAUGAGUUGCCUUCCUCGUCCAGCAGGAGGAACCGUCAGCUGGUUUCUGAUAACCCAAGUGUCUUAAUACCACAGCUCUGCAAAAACUUGAUGGAGAAAUACAACUCAAAGAAGAGCUUUGAGUCGAGCAUUCCCGUGGUGUAUGGACUGGCAACAAGCAUGUCAGCCCCCCUCGUGGCAGUGCUGAUGGUGGUGACGGUGGUGGUGGUGAUGGUGGCUGGGGAUGGGCUGAGUGGGGCUGUUCUGCUGUUGUUGCUGACAGCCAGUGCUUCACUUCUCCUUAUGGCUCUUUGGAUACUAAAGACAUCCCAGAACCUCAGGGAAAUAGUGAAGCCUGGAUGGCCGGCAGCAUGUGUCUGGUUCAUCCUCAGCAUCCACGGCUUCUACACAACGGGUCAUCAGCCCACCUUCCCCUCGCUGCACUGGGCUGCUGCCUUUGUGGGGCUGGAGGGUGACGAGCACAUUGGCAACUGGGCCCCAGCACUUCUGGUGGGCCUCAACACCUUCUCAACCUAUGUGCUGUUUGGGUUGUCCCUUCCACUGGUGGUGAUUGUGCCCCUCGCUAUCAGUGUCAUCUUUCCAAACCUCAGAGGCACCUGUCUUGAGGGUGUUGAGGCAGCCCGAGGAGAGUUCCUGUUGGUGGAGGACCCUGACAUGGCACGGGAGUCACUUCUUUCUGCUGCCUUGUCCUAUACCUUCCUUCAUGCUGCCAAGGUGGCCUGCACAUCCCUGGCAGCACUCGUCCUGCGCAGACACCUCAUGCUGUGGAAGAUAUUUGCACCUCACUUCAUCUUUGAGGCCCUGGGUUUCCUUGUGACCCUCCUGAGUGUCCUAGCUGGCCUGGGGUUCACUCUGAGGGUCCUGGGUGCUCUUUCCUCCUGGAGUGAGCGACUUCUGAAGGCCACCUAGCAAAGGACGACACAGAGCCAGCCACCUUACGUGUUUUUACUUCUUUUUUUUCAUAUGGCUUCCCCAUUCAUCACAUUGUCCCCUUAUUUUCAUGGUACAUACUUGAUAUUUUUUAUACAGUAUUUCUCAUUUUGUCCCCUUUUAUAUGUUCAAAUUUGUUUGCUCCUUGCCUUCUCCUUCAUCACGGCAUCCCUUUGUUUUCAUCCCCAAAUUUAUACUCUCCUGUUACAAUCAUGCAGCCCCAUUAUUUUCCAUCCCUUGGCAACAUAUAAAGUCAAAUACGCAAAUGCACACACACACACUGCUGCCUCAGAGACCUCAUGUGCCCCACCCACAAAUCUAGGGGUGUCUCUUGAAUCAUGAAUCAAAUCAGUCUCCUUCCUGAACCGCCAUUGCCAUACACACAGCCGCCACCCCACCCCAUGGCAGCACCUUGCUCUCUGUAGGGCCAUUGGGUGAUUGUUGGGUUACUUAGUGAAGCAUGAGUACAUGUUGAUAAAGCUGGUAAGUUUUGCUAUAAUAGGUAAUGUCUAUUGAAGCUUUGCAGUAACUCACUCUUAUACACUCGAGUGCUUGGCCAUGCAUGUUUCCUGUGGGUGAAAGUUGACCGAAAAAGAAGUAAGUUUAUCUAACUUCUAAGUGUUUACCUUCCUAUCAAGUUACUGGAACCAUAUUUCACCUCAUGAAUUAAUGAAUUAUAUUACUGACUGGCUGUUGGAUGUGAUAAUAGUCUUGAACUGUGUAUUGCAUUUGUUUAUUGUUGACAUAUUAGAACUGUGUUGAAAGGGCUUGUGUAGAUGCCUGAGGGAAGAGGGCCACUGUUGAAUAAUCAUAACUAGCAGUAUUUCCUUAGAUGAGAAAUGUAUGAAUCUCCUCUGCUUCGGGGGAACUCAGGCUGUGUUCAGCGGGGAUAUUUUUUGUACUUACGACUGAGUGUUCAUGUAAUUUUAUACUUUGUAAUGUUGCUGUGUUGUGAACUUGGUCUGCAUUUCUUUUUUACUGUUGAAUACACAUUUGCUGGUUGUUAGUUGGAUGUAAAUGUAAGCAACAGGGAAGCUAAAAGUCAGUGUGAGGCCUCCUUGGGUAGUAUAAUAGUAGCCUCAAUGGGAAUAUUGUUAUUAGAAAAGACAGCAAAAAGAGGAGGCUAAUAGUUGCAUUGGUGUAAAUAGUUGUUAAUACAUUUGGUGAGGUUU